AUGUCAAACUAUAUUAUUGCAACGUCACCCACGUCUACAAGAUCACGCAUGUUCAGCCCAGUGAUUCUGUUUCAUGACCAUCAGUUUGUCAAAGAUGGCAAUGGAAGUCUCGAACACAUUCACAUUCCAUAUGGUGAUCCUCAUUACGGGCGGUUUAUUGAAAACCACAAGAAACGUAUUCACCGUAUGCUCGAGCAUAAUGAACGGUUCUGGACUGAUAUUCGAGAAUAUACCGAAACACAGACGUCUCCGAUAGCCUCUGUGGCAUCUUCACCUACCCCGCCCUUGUAUUCACAUGACGAAUUAUCACCGCGCAGAUAUCGACCCUACUAUUUGCCUCGACGGACGUCGACGGCUACACAACUUACUGCCACUGCUGGUUCAGUGGUGGGUGAAGAUUCGAUUUCUGUAUCAUCCUCGUCGUCAUCAGCACCUGCAUCACCUCAUUCUUCGUCCAUCAUGAUGGUAGACCCCACUGUUGCACCGCAGCCAACCACGCCCACUACACCACUUCAUCAACACCAUCAUCAUCACCACCUCCCUCCUCCCCCUUCUCAUCAUUCUCAUAGUAGUCAUCAUCACAGCCACAACCGAAAAGCUUCUCUUAUGCAACAACAACAACAACCAUCACCUAGUAGUAACAACAACGGCGGUAAUCUUGUAAAGCGUCGUCGAGGCAAUCUUCCCAAAGCUGUCACGGCCAUUUUGCGUGAAUGGCUAUCGAGACACAAGAAACAUCCGUAUCCAACCGAGGACGAAAAGGCUACUCUUGCACGACAGACAAAUCUCACGCUCAAUCAGAUCAGUAAUUGGUUUAUCAAUGCCCGACGUCGUAUUCUCCAGCCGAUGCUUCAAAAAGAGCGCCAGGCACGCAUGCUAGGUGUGGAAGAAGAAGAUCAUGGCACCUUGGACAUUCUGCCUUAUGCUGCUGGAGACGAAUCAGCAAGUCGACGCGGCCGUAAACGAUCUGGUUCAUCGUCAUUGGACGUGUCUUCUAUUAGUACCAAGUACGCAGCAACUCAUGCAGCUGCUGCUGUAAAACGACGCACUGGCCAUCACCCAGGAUUACGGCGACGAUGA